UUUAUCAAUAUCAGCUGUAAAAAGAUUAAUGAUGUUUAUUAAUUGAGUUUUACACAAAAGUCUUAAUUUUAGUGCAAAGCACUGAAAUCGUUUUAUUAGGAAAAAUGUCGGAAUUUAUGGCAGAAAACAAUGCAUGUGGACAGAAUCUACUUAGCAUUGUUUCUCUUGGAAACUCCAUCAUAGCAGAGCUCCUGCGUUUAAAAGACUAUGUACCAGAUAUAUAUCGUUUAGAAACUAAAAGUGAUCAACAAAAAUAUGCUGAUGUGAUCUUGGACUUUAGUUAUUUGAAAAUAGCAGAAGCUCAAGAGAAGAAAAUUGAAAAUAGUGCCGAAUUAUUAGAUUUGGAUGAUGAAGUACGUGAAAACUACCUAGAAUUGUUGACACGGUUUUAUGCUGCUUUUGAAAGUAUACAUCAAUAUGCAGAAGAUUUGAAACAAUAUGUUGAUGAACUUAAUCGAGGUUACUACAUACAACAAUCCUUAGAAACGGUGCUGCAGGACGAAGAAGGAAAGCAAUUAAUGUGCGAAUCUCUAUAUCUCUUUGGCGUUAUUUUGAUCUUAGUCGAUUAUCACAUACCGGGCAUAGUAAGGGAACGCCUGCUUAUCUCCUACUACCGUUACAGUGGUGCAAAAUCACAUGGGGACAGCAAUAUAGACGAUGUUUGUAUGCUAUUGCGAUCCACUGGAUUUAUUGCAAACAAAAAUUCUUCAGCUACUAAUCUUAAGACGAAUGCAGUCACUAAUUAUCCCGAAACAUAUUUUGCUCGUUAUACUUUUGAUCAAACUUUCAUUGACUUGGUGUUAGGACGGUUGCGAUGUGAUGACGUAUAUAAUCAACUUUCUGUAUAUCCACACCCAGAUCAUAGAACUACAGCGUUAUCAACGCAAGCAGCAAUGCUCUUUGUUUGCCUAUUCUUUUCACCCAAGACGUUGCACACACAAGUAGCGCAAAUGCGCGAAAUUGUGGAUAAGUUUUUUGCAGAUAAUUGGGUUGUAUCCAUCUCUAUGGGAGUUACUGUUAAUUUAAUAGAUGCCUGGGAACAAUUCAAAGCAGCUAAGACAGCACUAACUUCUGUAGAAACUAUUGCUGUUAAAGGAUUCUGUUUGCUGCACCAAGAAAAGUUAACGAAAACACUAAAGAAAACUAACGAAAUUUUGCGAGAUGGUGUACUCACCGACUUUUUUGUACUAGAGCACAUUUCUAAAAUAAUAAUACUGAUACGUGAAUGCAAUGUAUUGCUACGUUGGUACUUUACUCACACCUCCAAAUGCAUUUCGGAAAUACCACGUGCCAAUUCGAAAUCUAAAACUGUUCAGGAACUUGUUUGCAAAGAAAUUAACUUUGAAAGCAAAAAAUUAUUUGAGUUGUUACUCAAUUGUAGUCAAUUGGAACUAACUGUGAAGGAACAACUGCGAAAUCUAAUGCAGGAGAGAGAAACACGUUGGAGUAAUUGCAAGCAAGAAGCCUUAGAUCGUUUAAACGAACUUGCCGAAGCUUUUCAAGGUAGUAGGCCAUUGGCGAAGAUCGAGAGUAACCCACAUUUAAAACAUUGGUUUGCGGAAAUGGCAAAAGAGAUUACAAAUUUAAAAUCUGACAAUCCUAACAUAUCUGGACGUAUGUUAAUUCAACUGAUACAAGCACUUGAGGAGGUUGAAGAAUUCCACAAUUUACAUGCUAAUAUGCAUGUUAAGCAGUAUCUUUUGGAAACUCGCAAUUAUUUACAUAAAAUGAUACAGAUACUCAAUGUUAAGGAAGAUAUUUUAAUCAAUCUACAAAUAAUAAGUGAUUUCAGUUAUGCCUGGCUUUUGAUCGAUCGAGACUUCACAACUACAAUGCAGCAGAGUAUCAAAAAGCAACCAAAAUCUGUUAUGCAAUUGCGAGCCGUUUUUCUAAAAUUGGCAAGUGCCUUGGAAAUACCUCUACUUCGAAUCAACCAGGCUAAAAGUGAAGAUCUGGUUUCUGUAUCUCAAUAUUAUAGUAACGAACUGGCAAACUAUAUACGGAAAGUAUUACAAAUUAUUCCGGAAAGAAUUUUUAACAUUCUUUCCCAAAUUAUAAAUUUACAAACUAAUGAAUUGAAAGAAAUACCAACUAGACUGGAAAAAGAUAAAUUGAAGGAAUUAGCACAGUUCGAAACAUGUUAUAUGAUUUCCAGGCUAACUCAUGCAAUAGCUGUAUUUACAGAGGGCAUGCUUCAGCAGCAGAGAACUCUUGUAGGUGUUAUAGAACUUGAUCCAAAGCAGUUACUAGAAGACGGCAUACGAAAGGAAUUAGUUAAAAAUCUGGCAAAAGCACUUGAUGAAGGUUUAACAUUCUCGCAAAAUAAACACAAAAAUACUACUUUGGAAUUAGAAGCAAAAUUGCUUCAACUUGCCAAAAUUAUGGAUGGAUACAGACGCUCUUUUGAAUAUGUGCAGGAUUAUUUAAAUGUGCAUGGCUUAAAAAUAUUACAAGAAGAAUUGACGCGUAUAAUCAACUAUAAUGUUGAGAAAGAAUGUAGUGCUUUUUUGCGGAACAAAGUGCAAGAUUGGCAGUCCCAAUAUCAAAGUCAAACCAUACCAAUCCCAAGUUUUCCACUAACCAACGGAGAUCCUACUAAAUCUAAUAAUUUCAUAGGAAGGUUAGCACGUGAAUUAUUGCAUUGUACUGACCCGAAACAAACAAUUUACUUGGACUUGAAAGCAACGUGGUACGAUAAACGUUCUCCACACAAUCAGGUAUUAGACACCCGAUUCUUUGCCAAAAUGCGAGAAGCAAUAUGUCCAGCUGGUUUAGUGGGAUUGGAUCGUCUAUACAGUCAUAUGAUUACUGCAGAAAUGAAAGACAAUCUAGACAAAUUACAAAAAAAUAUAACAACCGAUAAAAUGUGGACUGAAGCUCUUAGUAUGUUGACUGCAGAAUUGGAAACAGAAACGAGUAUAUCAAAUCCAGUGAAAUAUUUUAACAGCUAUCAUUCCCGAUGGCUUAAGGUUUGGCCCACAAUCUUAAAUUGCGUUUUGCAAUUGGGACACAAACAAAUACUAAGGCAACAAAUUGCAUGCGAAUUGAAUAGAAGUAGCAAAUGUAAUUCAAAGAACUUGGAAUCGGCUUUGGAAACUUUCAAUAGAGCCUUGUUGCAUGAAUUGGAAAAGAACAAUGAACCCACAAAGUUGACAAAAAGUGAAGGGAGUCAAAUGCUUGUUGAGGUGAACGAGUACUUACUGUUUACGGGCUCUUAUGAACCACUGGAACAAGUUUUUGUAAUAGUCAAAAACUCACAUCAAAUAGCAUUAUUUUUAUUUCUGUUUACUCUUGCACACGUUUCACGUUUGCAAUUUUCACAAAAUACCAAUUCUCUACUUGCUAAAGUCGUCAAGGAUACAAUAGAUGGUAUACCUUUGAUAGUGGGUUUGAUAACAAUAUUACAACAAUAUCACACUGAACUUAAAACGCUUUAUCUUACCUAUCUCUGUCAGUAUGUUAAGAUGGUUGUGGAAGCAAAUCUCACAGCCAAAAACGAGUUAGGCCAGGAACUCACAACAAUUAUGCAUUUUCUUGAAGUUUUCGUUCGCAUGUCCAAAACACCGCGCAGUGUUUUGACAGAGCGUAUACCACCGAUAAUUCUAAAUCAGUUCCAAUAUUUAAGCAUUAAUGUUAAAAGCUGAGCUCUUAUAUGAAACAAUAAUUUAAUUCCAUUAUUUAUAACUUUUAUUUAAUGUUUGUAAUAAGCAACAAAUGCAAUAAACUGUGAAAUAACAAAUAAAUUUGACUUUACCAGUAACAGCGAAUGGAACAAGAGGGG